AGAAAGAGAAAGAGAGAGAGAGAUAGAGAGGGAGAGAGGUCAGCGUUCGAACGCGCUGAUGGACCGUGACCGUACAGGCGGAACAGAAAGGAGAAUGAAUAUUUGAAAUGUUUCAGCGCGUUGAUCGUGUGGGAUAGGAUGCCGUUUUUGAAUUUGAUCGUUAUGUCAUGUUCUUAACCGGAUUUUCAAUUCAAAUGUUGAAAGUCCUUAAAUUGCAGAAUUAUUUUACGAUUUUUCGCUAGGACCACGUCUACAGCCAGCAACACACGCACACCAUGUUACCUUGCCAACAGGCUAAUACAGUCGCGUACAUUCAUCAUAGCAACCAGGCCUAGGGUAGCAGCGUCCCUGUUUACACAGUCCCUUCUUUCGAGUAACAAAAUUUAAGCCGCAGGAACUCUAAAUACAAAUGAGUGAACUCGUGGAAUAUAAUCCCGUGGAAGAGAUACAGCAUGAGGAGCAUAUUCAUCAUCGAUGUCAUCCGUUGCACCUAACCUGGGUGUCUGGAUUCAAUCCACGGGUGUCGCUGCUGAACGUCAGUACGUCCCGUGACCGAAAGGAGCUUGUGCUGGCAUCGGGGAAUGCGCUGCUCUUCUACUGCUAUGACGGGGAACGAGAGAAGAUAACGCCAGUGAUUGGGCAUAAAAAUGUUGUCAAUAUGAUUGGAUGUGACGAAAGCGGGCGCUUUGUGGUAAGUUCCGACUGUUCCUACUGCAUCAACGUGUGGGAUAGGCAAGCUGGCGGAGGAGAAAGUCAUCAUCAUCCAAUUGCGAUCAGGACAAUUUUUGAGCCUUUCAAAGCAAAUGGCGACAUUGGAGCAGUUUCACUGAGCUGCGAUGGAAAAUACCUGCUGGCAGGGGGUGGAAUACCCAAUGAGCAGGGCAGUCAGCUGAAGCUAUGGUCCUGGACGGUUGGAAAUGAUUUCCCUGAUGAUUCUAUCACGCUUCCCACUCGUUUGGGACGCAUCAAGGCCAUCCAUUUCUGUCCGGACCGUGGACGUCGCAACCAGUUUGUCGUAACACUGGACAGCGGAGUCGUGUUCGGUGCGUGGGAUUGCAAGGAACAGAAGCUGUCCAUCCAAGUCCCGAAACGGCACGGCUUUCAGGACUACAACGACACCGUGUUUGUGGAGCGUACGGAUCGGGCAGUAUCGGUGACGGGGGCAGGUAUGGCUGUGCUGUGGAGCAACGAUCGGAAGUUUUCCGACGCACAGGAAGGAGGCGUACAGCGGAAGGAAUUCCUCAAGUAUCUGCACCUGAAGUACGCUUCGAUCAAUGUGGUGCGAUCGUGUGAUGAGAAGAUCGUUACCGGAGAUGAUGAUGGGGAGAUUCGCUUCUACGACAACUCCAUGAAGAUAUUGUACUGGUUUAAGCAGGAAGAUCUGGAACCGAUAAGGACACUUUCGUUUGAGCUGGUGGAAACACGCCGAUGGAAGCAACCGGCUGAACCGAUCGAAGGAGAUGAUCAAACGCCGAAAGAAGAAUCAACCGAAAAGAAGGUGGUAUUGAACAUCGAGGAUAUCGCACCGAAGGAUGUUUCGUUUGAUGCACGGCCGGUAAUUGUACGCGGGUUUGUGUCGGCAACCAAGUCGGGCAAAAUCUACGACAUCGACAUAGUGUACAACAAGAUACAGGAGCUGUUUCUACAGUCACCCAGUAUCAUUACAGCCUUCGACGUUCAUUCGGCAAGAUCCGAACUUUGCACUUGCGACGGCAAUGGACGGUUUGUUGUGUAUGAUUUAAAAACGAAAUCGAUGAGAUUAGCGCUCGAUGUACCGAUCCAGCGGACCCGUCGAGGCAGAAUCACCACCCUUGCCUAUUCUCCCUGUGGAACAUUUAUGGCCGGUGGUGCUGAAAAUGGGUUCCUUUGGAUGGUGGAACCUAAUCUGAUGAUACUUGCCGGCAGCAGUCCGCUGCAGUUUACCAGUGAAAAGAUCCGCUUGGUGUUGUUUUCUCUAGACAGCAAACAUUUGGUUUGUGUGGAUGAAAGCAAUACAAUCACACUUCUCCAUCGCGAAAAGGACGAUUGGCAAGUGAUGGGAAACUGCGCUACUCAUAGGCUGGUAGAUCUGGCGUUCCUUAGUGCCACUGAUUUUGUGUCCAUCGGUGAGGAUCGGUACAUGGUACAGUACACCAUAAACACCGAUGAGAUGUUACAACUCGAAGCUGUUUCCAUCGUCAAAAGGAGAAGGAUCGAACAGUCCGCCUAUCCGACAGCACUUCUCGUUUUACCCGGUGGUAGUCAGAUUCUGGUUGCCAAUGAUCAACUAAAGUUCAAGAUGUUCCAUGGCAGAUCCUUCGAGAUAUUGCACACCUUUUUGGCACCUUUUCACGAUGGGCCAGCACGUUGUCUCAGGCAACUUCCUGGCGAAGACUACUUCCUGUUCAUUACAAACAAUAACAUCUACGUACAUCACCUUCCGAUCGACGGAAAUCCGUUCAAAUAUCUGGCAGUUCGAGGACAUCCAAAACGGUUGAAAGGACUGCAAGUUGCUUGGACGGUACGAUGUGCCUUCACUUUCGGGGAAGGCGAUCACGCGGUUAGCAUGUGGAAGAUUAACACUAGUCCACUGUACGAUAAUUUAAAGCAUGCUGGAACGGGCCUAGAUCCUUUUUGUACGCUUCUUCCGGGUGGAAAGAGAGGUUGCUAUGUGCGCGAGAUUUUGAGCCUGUUUUUCUACAACCAAAUCUCACCGAAGAAUAGCGAUGGCGAUGCGGAACUUACACUCAGAGACGCCAUGAAUGUACAGGAUGUGCCGAACUAUCUGCGUAGCAUUGGAUUCCAUAUGUCCGAGUACGAGGAACAGAACCUUUGCAAAGAGAUGGAGCUUACCGGUACGUACUUUCUGACCUUUGAGGAGGUGUUGAAGCUUUUCCUCAACCAUCGCACAGCUGCUGGUGGUCCACCAACUUCGGAAGAUGUUCGAACAGCCGUCACUUAUGUUGGCGCCACUACAUCAUCCGGUAAAGUAGAUCUGGUACGGUUAAUCACGCUCCUGGCGAGUAUGGGUGAGCCAAUGGAGCCGAAAACAACCGAGGCGUACUGCAGAAUACUUUUCCCCGCCGCCUUUGAAGCGAACGAACAGGACGGUAGUCCAGCACCGGAGUGUGGCACUGGUGAAGAUUGCACUAACUAUAUCGCCAUCGACGAGUUUGCCGAUAGGCUUUGCUGAACUA